AUGCACGUUUUUCAAACUGGUCACGAGGAGCUUGUUCAUGACAUAAAAUACGAUUUUUACGGUAAAAGUGUUGCCACUGCUUCUUCAGAUCAACACAUCAAGGUGUUCGACCUAGAUCAUGCUUCCUCAGCUUGGGUCCUCAACGAUCUGUGGAAAGCACACGAUUCGCUGAUCGUUAAGUUGUCAUGGGCGCAUCCAGAAUUCUCCAACGUCAAGCUACUUGCUUCAUGUUCGUAUGACAGAACAGUCAAACUUUGGCAAGAACGGCCAAGUGAACUUCAUGGAUCUGGCCGCAGGUGGCAGAAGUUGACAACCUUGGCUUUUGAGUCUUUUGGUCCGAUCUAUGAUGUGGUGUUUGCUCCGUCACAUAUGGGAUUGAAGCUAGGAUGCAUUGGAUCUGAUGGAAUUGUGCAUAUCUACGAAUCAAUUGAACCUUCAGAUUUGUCCGUGUGGUGUCUCACGUCCGAGAUUCCGGUUUUAACUCUGACCCUUCCGGCAAAGAGUCUCCAAAGCAGUUUCUGCAUUGAAUGGUGUCCUGCAAAAUUUUCUAAAGUCGAAAUGUUAUGUGUGAUAGCGCUUGAUCAAGGCUUCAUAUAUGGUGCGAUGGGUGAGGAUGGCGAAGGUGACACCUUCCCACAGCAGAAUCAAACAGAUAACUCAACAGUUCCCUCAGCGCAAAACAUCGAUCAACGUGUUGCAGACAAGCCUAUCCGUCAAUUUACAGAGAGCAAUCAGCUCAAAAAUCUGUCUCCUGGUGAAGCCACUCAAAGAGCCAAAUACACAAAAAUCUGCAAUCUACCAGAGCACAAUGGCCUUAUAAGAUCUGUGAGUUGGGCGCCAUCCAUGGGACGGAGUUAUCAUCUCAUCGCCACCGGUUGCAAGGAUGGCUUUAUAAGGAUCUUUAAGGCAACAGAAUCGAGAGAAAAGGGUCUACAAGUUGACCUUAUGGCUAAGCUUGAUGAUCACAAACAGGAGGUCUGGCGAGUGUCAUGGAACUCUACAGGAACUAUCCUAAGCUCUGCCGGAGAUGACGGAAAAUGA